AUGGCGAAAGGGCUGCACCACCAGCAGGGAACUUUGCUGAGCGCGGCCUCCCUGGCCCCAGUGUCCCAGCCACGCGGCGGCCCUCUGCACUGCCAGCACGGGGCGCACAACCUGAGCGGGGCUAGCCCCCACCUGCAUCCUCCGGUCUUCCGCUCCCGAGUAGUGGGCUCAGAGCUUCCCGCGCGUCCGCCGGACCCCGCUGGUCCACACCCUCCGGCCGCGGGGUCAGCCGGGGGAAAGCCCCCUCGGAACUCCCCGGGGAACCCGGGGCGCCGCUACUUAAGCCCCGAGGCCGCCCGCCAUCCGGUCGAGGACACGAUGGGGCCGCGCUCCGCGCUCCUGCUGGCGGCCACGCUGGGGAUGCUGCGGCCGGCGCGGGUGCUCGGGGUCGGCACUGUCCAGCAGCCGAGGCUGCGGGUCGAGCCCCCCGAGGCCGAAGUGGCCGUGGCGGUGGGCGCGUCCUUGCAGCUCACCUGCAGCCUGGAGUGCCCGCGCGGCGAGAUGGCCGACGUGCACUGGCGGGGCCUGGACACGAGCCUGGGCGCCGUGCAGUCGGACGCGGGCAGCAGCACACUCACCGUGCAGCACGCCUCGCCUGCGGCGGCCGGCAUGCGCGUGUGCGUGGGUUCCUGCGGGGUCCAGACAUUCCAGCGCAGCGUUACCCUGCUGGUGUACGCCUUCCCGGACCAGCUGACCGUGCACCCCACCACCCUCGUGCCGGAGCUGGAUCGGCAGGUGGCCUGCACGGCCCACAACAUCACACUCUCGGGCUCCGACGUGCUGUCCUUCUCGCUGCUGCUGGGAGACCAGGAGCUGGAGGGGGCCGAGGUCCUGGACCGGGACGUGGAUGAGCAGGACCAGCUGUUUCAUGUGACCGAGCGCUGGCUGCUGCCCCCGCUGGGGACCCCCGCCCCGCCUGCCCUGCGCUGCCUGGCCACCAUGACGCUGCCGGGCUUGGAGCUGAGCCGCAGCCGCGACAUCCCAGUCUUGCAGGACCUGACCUCCCCAAAGACCCUGGACCAGACUUCUCCGAAGCCCCCCAACCCCACCUCUCCAAAGCCCCCCGACCCCACCUCUCCAAAGCCCCAUGACCCCACCUCUCCGAAGCCCCCUGCCUCCACCUCUCCAAAACCCCUCAACCCCACCUCUUCAAAACCCCCUGACCCUAUCUCCCCAGAGCCCCCCACCCCCACCUCUCCGAAGCCCCCUGACCCUAUCUCCCCAGAGCCCCCCAGCCCCACCCCAAUGCAGGACUCUUCUGGGACUUGCCGUCCCAAGAUCCGCCAGGCACCCCCCUUGCAGGCUGAGCGGCAGGCCAGCUUGGAACUGCUGUGUGAGGCAUCCUGUGGUCAGGGCUGGAUUGUGUACUGGACCCUGGCUCCAGGGGGCCUGGCAGCCUAUGAGCGGAGAGAGGCAGGUUCCCAGGCCUGGCUGAGGGUACCCCUGACCAGGGACCGCCCAGCCGGUUGGUUCCAGUGCCAAGUGGACCCUGGAGGCCAGUUGGCCCACCUGUACUUCCCUGGGCAGGAUGACUCCUCCGGCCCUGGGGUCGAGGAGCCGCCCCUGGCCCUGUGGACCAGCGGCCUGGUGCUCGGCCUGCUGCUCCUGGCCGCCAUCGCCUGCCACCUGCGGAGACGCUGCCGCCAGCGAACCCUGUGUUGAGGGGACAAUAAAGG